UUCAACGACAAGCACAUCACCACUCUGCAGGCUUCAUUCUUAACAAAGAAGUUAAAUAUUGGUGGGAAAAGAGUAAACCUUGCUAUAUGGGAUACAGCAGGUCAAGAGAGAUUCCAUGCGUUGGGUCCAAUUUACUACAGAGAUUCAAAUGGAGCUAUUUUAGUUUAUGAUAUAACAGAUGAAGAUUCCUUUCAGAAGGUAAAAAACUGGGUCAAAGAAUUACGAAAAAUGUUGGGAAAUGAAAUCUGUUUAUGUAUAGUUGGUAAUAAAAUAGACUUGGAAAAGGAGAGACAUGUUUCCAUUCAAGAAGCAGAAUCGUAUGCAGAAUCUGUGGGAGCAAAACAUUAUCAUACUUCAGCCAAACAGAACAAAGGAAUUGAGGAACUCUUUCUUGACCUUUGUAAAAGGAUGAUAGAAACAGCACAAGUGGAUGAGAGAGCAAAAGGCAAUGGCUCCAGUCAACCAGGAGCUGCAAGGCGAGGUGUUCAGAUCAUCGAUGAUGAACCUCAAGCCCAGAGUGGUGGCGGAGGGUGCUGUUCUUCUGGAUAACUGUUCACACUUAAGAGAUUAAACAAACUGUGGAUCAUUGCCCUCAACAUGAAGACUGCCAUAUUCCAAGUCACAUUAUUUUACCAAUGGAAUUAUAGAAUUAACAGUAUUUUAAAUUACAUUUAUAACACUGCAGAGACCUUAAGUGCUAAACUUAGUGAAGUUUGUGACCAGAGAAUUGGCAUUUUUCUACAAAUGUUAACAAAGCAAUUACCAAUGGCCUUUUUACAUAUUUUUUCUUUAAUAAGGAAUAAUAUGCAUGUAGAAAAGACCUACUUAAAGGCUUCAUUUAUAUUCUUUUAAAUCAAAUCUUUAUUUAAUAACUUAUAUAUGUUGUUGGAAUGGUAUACAUUUUUGCAGCCCUUUGUAUUUUGUGGUAGUUUGGAUUGUAUCACUUCUAAACAGCAAACUGGUUUGGUUUUGUUUUCUUUUUUUUUUUUAAUUAGCAGAUACCUGAAGUACUAUUUUUGCAGGGUUUGCACAGGCCCCUUAACUGUCUACUACUUUGAUAUAAUCUAUAUACAACCUGUAUGCUGAGCUGGUAAAAUACAUUGUAAAAUUACAUAUUAAAUAUUUUAUCUGCUUUUACAAGCGCAAGGUGCAAAAAUAUAUACAGUAGUCUCCUUGAUGACUGUAAAGUGAAUUAACAUUUGGUGAUAAUGCCUAAGCUUUUUGACUCUGACAUAAAGACCAUAGCUCCCCUUCACUUCUGUCUUAACUUGAAAGUGGCGUGUUUCAAUUUUCACAUAUACUUUACUUGAAUUAUUGCUGUUGUCAUAUUUUUGCCUCUGUAAGUCUUUCUGAAGAUUGAACAACAGCAGUUGCCUUUUGGUUUGUUGGGGUUUGGGGUUUGUUUUUUUUGUUUUUAUUGGGGGGAUUUUUUUUUUUUUGGAUAACAGAGAUGAAUUCUGCUGAUUUUGCUUUAGAGUGGUUACCUUAGAAGUAUUUGAGUGGAGCAUGCUGAGUUUCACUUCUGCAAUGGCUUUCGUUUUCUCUUAGGCUUUGUAUGAGAUGGCUUCACUGGUGUGAGAAGAGAGAGAGAAGUCUCGGAGAGUUGCCACUCACCAAGACUCAUUCAUACAGUUAUGCUCCUGGGGCAGCACUGUUAAGUCCUUUUUGAGCAAAUUGUGUUUGCUCAUUGCUUGCCAGAAAUGAACCCAGAAAAGUUUGUUCCAUUUUAUAAGAGCUGUCCUGAAUUUCUGUGAAGGGAAACAUUUCAUGUAAUGCGGUUAUGGCAAACACUGGAAAGAUUUAUUAUAAAGUUAUAUUCUUGUAUACUUUGUAAAUUAGUCUCAUUAGGUUUUUUUUUUCCCCCUGAGCAUAGGACUGUACUUAAAUUUGUUAAUUUUAAUAGAAUCAGACAGUGCUCACAGAAGGAUCACAAAUUGUGGAAAUUAAUGUACAUUGUUCUUGUUCUAAUAUAUAUUUUUUUCCAUUUCUGUCAUGCUUGGAAAACUAGUAAAUGUUAUAUCUAAGAUAAAAUGGAAUGGUCCCUGGAUUUACUUCUUACAAGAAGCAGUAGUAUGCAGUAAACUUGUUAGCAUGAGCGAUUAAGAGGAUGUAAAGAGGUUAUAGUUGCUAAAGAAGUACUUUUUUAAGUUCACUAUUUUUAAGUUCAUAGGUUAAGCUUUCCCAAAUGGGUUUAAAGUUGAAUGGAUUGACACCUUUAUGUUAUGCUGUUAGAAUUUUAACUUAGUAUUAAGGGUUCUGUGAGCCCUCACUUUACCUUCUUUAGUUACUCUCCUUGCCAAACUCAACAGACUGCUCUUUCUAUUGUGUGUUUGGGGAGGAUGGGAAGAGUCAAAGAUACAAGCUAAAAUUGUUUUGUUUUGUUUUGUUUUUUUACUCAGAUGAUUGUAUAGUCUCUCAGUUUCCUAUGAAGUUUGUGUUUAUGCAGGGCAUCACUGGAGACCCGGGGAACGAUGAGUACACAUACAGGGAAACUGGUCGUUGCCCUCCUGGUUCUUCCACUGGUGAUAAAGAAAGCCUUGCCAUUUCUACUGUUCUACAUGUAGAUGGGAAUGACCUUCGCAGUGAACUGGUUUUUAAACUAAUUAGAGAGGAAAUUGAGCUUUAUUCCAAAAAGUAAAAUCAUAAAGCCCGAUAAUUAGAGAAUUGUACUCUCGAUUUUUGACCGUGUAUUAAUGAUAUUAAGUCCAGAUAGGAACCUCCCGCUCCAAAGUAGCCAGAUAGUUAUUGGGUACAACCGUUCUCCAUACUUUUUUCCCUUUACUCCCCCUUAGGUUCUGUGUAUCACUCUUGACCGCAAGCCCUUCAUUCUUUUCUUCACCUUGGAAUUUAAGCUAAUUCAGUAGCAACAAUAAAUAAUAUGGAAUACCGGUCCUUGCUCUAAAAUCCAAGAGGUGUUUAGGUAGGAUGAAAGAGGACCAGCCAAUUGCAGUAUGUGCAUAAAGGAGAGAUGAAGAGAUGAGAAACUAAGGCUGAGGAAAUUUCUGAUACAUCUUUUUCUUUAUUUCUUUAACAUAUAUUUUGUGUUCCUGUCCUUAUAAAUUGUGCUAUUAGGAAGAAGACAUGAGUUAUUGUAUUGUGUAUUAAAAGUAGUAGGUAGGUAGAAUCAAUAUAUUUUUCAACUAGUAAGUGUAUACACUUAGUACAUAUAUUUAAAAAGUGGUAAAAGAUAGUCAUUAAAAAUACCUGAAUAUUAUGUUAAAAGUAUACAAUCAUUGUUUCUGUAAUGAUGAUGGGUAUUCUGCAUCUUGUUUUGUUUUGUAAUUAUAGAGGAAGAUCGUUGUUUUUAAAAAUGUAUAUUGCAACAAUUUUGGGGUAAACAGCAAUCUCAAAAAAAGCAUCACGUUACUGUAUGAAAUAUGAGUGUUCGAAUUUGUUUUGUUCUGGGGAAUCAACUGAAAAUACCCUAAAGCUACGGCUGGUAUAGCUAAAUUGAAAUCCUUUUUAAAAAAAUAUUAGCCAUAUAUUAUUAAUGAUUACUUUUAAUUUGGCAUUAGAGUAAGAAAGAAGAAUGAUAUAGGUUUUUACUAAGAAAAGAUAAAAUUUGGGAUAUAUGACAGGAGGUUAGUGAGGAGUAGACCAGAAGUCAGGUAGAUAUGAAACUCUACAACUUGAAAUUUUUAUAAUUGUUUUGAAAUACAUUAUCAUUUCUAAAUAAGGCAAGUUAUGCAUUGUACCAAAUAUUUAGAACAUAAACAAUGAAUUGGCAUACUAUUUAAUAUAAUUUGCAAUUUUUUGUAUUGUAAAUGCUACCAGGAAUCCAGAUCAUUGAUGUUAUCUCUAAAUAAUAGAAUUUACCCUUAUAAUUGCCACUUAUAUUCUCUCCAGAAGUGGCUUGAUCUGUGCCUUUAACUUUUGAAAUUUAUCUUUCCAUUUGCCAUAUAGUUCUCUUUAUAGAGAACUGGCAGAGUGGGAAUACGUAUUUUGUGACUAUUAAAGCUGUUGAGAUCUUCUAGAAAAAGGUGUAGAUUGUUGGAACCAGCAGGAGCCUUACAAUAAUGUCUAAAGUACAAAGACUAAGAAAUUUAUUAUUUUCUAAAUUUCAAAAUGUAUUACCUAGUUUUUAGUAACUGAAAGCUGGGAUUCAUUGAAUAUAUGCAUUCACUUGAUUUCAUAAUAGACAUUGAUUCUAGUAUGUUGCUAUUCAGUCAACACAAACAAUAAUGUAUUUGGACCAAAAUUAAUGUUACAUAUAUGUCUGACUUUGAUGUCUAUUCCCUUUUCAAAGAAAACAACUUAAUUAGAAUUCUGAGAAAAUUUUCCUAAGUGCAAGUAUUAUAGUAUUAAUCAUAUGUAAUGAAAAAAUUUAGAAAUACUUUUUAACAAUUUCCAAUUUCAAGCAACAGCGGUUCUCUUCUAAACAAAUGUCACUUUAAUUUGAUAGACUUUUAGCAUUGUGUGUGCUCCCUAUGAUUUAUAUAUCCUCUCUUUUCUGAGAAGCUGAGUGUGCUUUUAAAUGUUAGCCUUUCUACCACAACUUUUUCUCUUCAGUAGACAAAUGUACAUGUCAAGUUGAUGUUACAUGUCACCCCCAGUAAGAAUCUUCUCUCUAAGCAUCUUGUCCUCUUCAGAGGCCUGCACAGAUUUCCAAGUGCAUCACAUUAAAGCCAAAAGAUGA